UGUGCUCUUCCGGUAGAAAGAGAAUCUACCGCAAAAUAUGAUUUGGCGAUGAGAAACGACGUCGAACACAGAUACUUUCCCUUCUUUCAAGCAGAAAACUUAACAAAUACGCCCAGUGAGCAAGUGAACAAAUUGUACUAUUUUAACAACGAAUUAUCUGAUGUGAGACUCAAAAAUCUGAGAGCGAAUAAAGUGGACAGAGGCGUAUUUUCAAGCAUUCGAACUAAACCUGUUCAUUACUACCAAUCUGAAAGAAGGGCUCUUACAACUGAGAAUUGAAUUUGUCAUUUCAUUGUUGAGCAAGAAACAAAAUUAAGACGGAAAGUUGUGUUCUUCUAAUCUAUUCUUCAAAGGAAAUUCGUAGCAACAGAUGGAGUGCGUGGAAGAGAUAUGUGCGAAUCCCAGUUUAGAGGACAUCAGAAAAGAAAUCGACGAAAAGGACGUCGAGUUUGUCCGCUUCGAAUUCGGCGACCUCCACGGUAUUGCGAGGUCAAAGAUCAUACCAGCACGUCACUUCCGGGAAAAGUCAUGCAAAGGUAUCAACAUUCCGAUUGCGCACCUUGGUAUGGACUGCCGAGGGAGCCCGGUAGCUGAGGCGAAAUACAUCAGCCAAGGGGAUUACUGCGAUGCAGUAUGGACACCCGACUUAUCGACCUUUCGAGUUUUGCCAUGGUGUGACAACACGGCCAGGGUGAUUUUAGAACCAACUCUGAAAGGAAAACCAGUUGAUAUGUUUCCUCGAACUUUGGCAAGGAAACAAGUGGGUCGCCUCACGAAGAUGGGGCUGUCCUUGCUUACGGCCCAUGAGCAUGAGUUCUACAUCGUUGACAGAAAGACAGGGCAGCCACUGACCCAAGAUUACAACCUUCGAGCAACGGUGCGUAACUACACGGAUCCUCUUCUGAUUAGAUCGCUUAUGCAAGCUCUAACAGCCGUUGGUGUCGAUGCGGAGAUGAUGGACACAGAGAAGAGCCCAGGUCAGGUCGAGAUCACAUACAAACCAGCAUUCGGUAUCCAGGCGGCAGACAAUGCGUAUACCUACAAGACAACUAUCAAGGAAGUGGCGAUGCAGAGAGGGUAUGUGGCUAGCUUCAUGAGCAAACCGUGGGCAGAACUGAACGGAAGCUCUGCCCAUGUAUGCCACUCCUUGUGGGACAGCACCCAGCAACGCCCUCUACUUUACGCUGAAGAUCAACCCUUCGGCUUGUCCAAGAUUGGUUGUCACUGGAUAGCUGGUCUGUUGGUGCAUGCUCCAGCUCUUAGUAUCCUAAUGGCACCAACCGUGAACUGCCUCAAGAGAUUCGAAGCCAAUUCAUUCGCGCCCUACAAUGUCACUUGGGGACUCGACAAUAGAACCUGUGCGUUGCGUGUCAAGGUCGGCGGUGGCGCAGAUACGUACAUCGAGAAUAGAAUGGGUGCCAGCGGCAGCAACCCCUACCUCACCCUCGCAGCCACAAUCGCUGCAGGCAUCGACGGCAUCAAGCGGGAACUCGUCCCACCGCAACCCAUCGCAAACAACGCCUAUCUUCCAGGCAAUGUACCUGCGGACACCGCCAUCUUGCCCGCGACCAUGGACGAAGCUUUGGAAGCGUUUUCCCAAGAUGACGUUAUUAGGUCAGCUCUAGGCGAGGAGUUCAUGAAUGAGUUCUGCGUGCUCAAAAUGCAUGAAAUGAAAGAGUACAAUGAGGCGAAGCUAAAACAAGACUCUAAAUGGGAGUAUAAGAUGUACUUUGAAUACAUCUAAAUCUUCCUUAAAAAGGGGGCACUUAUUCGUAGAACAGAAUAUAAUACAAUGAAGUGUCCAGUAAGCAGACAACACGAGAUCAUCGCAACGAUUUUCGGAAAAUCAAUAUUAUAGAUUUGAUCAUAAACUAUAGUGAAAUGUAGGCUUCUUACAUUGCAGUGACGUAUUACACAAUCAUGACGUAGCAGACAUGAAAAUGAGCCCCUUAUUGUGUAACAGGUCAAAAUCCUACUGUUUUAUGAUGAAAUGACCUAUUCAAUAUCGACUUAUUUUUAUCAAUAUCUAAUCAAUAUCCCCACAGGGAGUGAACAGGAAGAAACGAAGAAGUUGAAUAGUUUGCUAACUUGGUACUUUAAAGAAGUAUGAUUCACACAUAUUCUGAGUAAAAAGCUAUGACACACUUGUCAUUUAGUUUGAAAAAACACGACAUUCCACAGCAUUCCACAGCUAUCCACUGAAUCAUGAACCCAGUGCAUGGUUUUUCUUUUUCUUAAAGUGCAUAGAGACAUGCAAUUUGCCUAUUUGUUAUGCGCUAUAUAAAAAUGUUUAAUUAUUAUUAUUAUUAUUAUGAGAAAGAAAAUGACUUACAAACGGGUUACUUGGUCAGGAGUCAGCAUCUCCCAAUAGAGAGUGUAACCGUUAUGAUAGGGGUAAGAGGUGUUAGCUAGAUUCACUCCUGCGCUGCACCCUCUAUGAAUCUGGCACGCAGAGAGGUCGUCUCGUCAAGCUUUAGCAUAACAUUAGGAAAGAAGGGGCUACAUGUAUUUUGUUUUGGGAAAUUCUUUGAUUUUUGUUUGUUUGUAAUGGAAUACUUUUAGUGCAUUCAGGUUAAUUUGUUUAUGGUAAAGGAAUCCUACUAUUCAUAGGUUGAUCAAGGUGUUAUGGUAAUACUUUGUUUUGGAACAGUCCAUACCCCUUUCAUUUGUUAUUUUUGCUGGUUAGAUCUCCAUCUAACCACAGGUUGAUGACAUACAGAGACACUGGUAUUGCCUACAUUGAUAGGAGGGAUUAUCUUGUAGUAUGUGUAGAUCAGGUAUGAAGCUCUAGCUUUUAUAGCUUUUUCACUUUUUGAAUAGUUGGAACAUUCCUUCAUUGUACUUUCAAGUUUAAAUGAAGGUAUGUUUAAACUAUUCAAAAUUGAAAAAGCUAUCAAACUAGAGCUUCAUACCUGGGCCCCGUCGCAUAAAACUUACCAUUGGUGGUAA